UUCAAAAUGGGCGGAUGCUUUUCCCGCGGAAGCAGCGAGAUCGGACCGGGACCAUGGCCAUCACUAGAAUCCCAGCCACCAGCCCCAGGGGAUCAGCCAGUUCAAGGACCUGCUGACCCCGCCAUGCUCCCGCCACCUCACCAGCAACCAGGUCAAGCACCAGAUCCACCAGCAGCGGCUCAAGAUGAACUUGAACAAGAGCCAGAAGCCGUAGCAGCCCCCGUCGCAGCUCCUGCCGCCGAAGAAGAACAGUUGGAUCAUCAGCAGUAGAUUCACACAAGUCGGGAUUAUAAUGGCUAAAUUUCAAUUUUUUUUUUCAAUUUUUUUCCACUCAUUUGAUUGUAUCGGCGUCUAUAUUUUCUUUUCGUAAACAUGAUUGUCUGUAAAAUAAAUUAAUGUUUU